UAACCAUCUACAUGUACAUGUACAGCAGCUUGGUUAAACUCUUAAGAGAUCUCCCUAUCGUCUAUAUUCCUUUCUGGCUUAAAAUAACCCAAAGAAUCUACCCACCACAUCUAUCCUUUGUUUUACUACUCACGGACUCACCUCAUCCCCACUUCUUUCUCCUUCGCAAGCAUAGUGAGAGAGAGAGAGAGAGAGAGAGAGAGAGAGAGAGAGAAUGAGAAUGCUUUCUCAUUCUUUCUUUGCAACUAUCCUUCUGUCACUAAUCCGACUCUCCAUUUCCAAGCCGGAAUUUGUCGCAACGCCGCCAUUGCCAAUUCUACCCCUCCCAAGUUAUUCACAGUUGAAAUGGCAACAAAGGGAGAUCAUAAUGUUCCUCCACUUCGGAGUCAACACCUUCACCGACUCCGAACGGGGAACGGGGAAUGAGAACCCGGCCAUAUUCAACCCAACGGGCCUCAACGCAGCCCAAUGGGUUGACACCGCAGUCGAGGCCGGGGUCUCUUUGGUGAUCCUCACUGCGAAGCACCAUGAUGGGUUUUGCUUGUGGCCCUCCAAGUACACUGAGCAUUCUGUGAUCCGAAGCCCAUGGGAAAAUGGACACGGGGAUGUGAUUCAAAAGCUCGUAGAGGCGGCGAAGCCUCGGGGCGUCGAUGUUGGGUUGUACCUCUCGCCGUGGGACCGUCAUGACCGGAGAUAUGGGCAUGACAAAGAGUACAAUGAGUUCUACCUGGCCCAAUUGCAAGAGCUACUCAACAACUAUGGAAAUGUAAGAGAGAUAUGGUUCGACGGAGCUAAGGGUGCGGACGCGCCAAACAUGUCCUACUAUUUCAGCGACUGGUUUUCAAUGGUGAACGAAUUGCAGAGCUCAAUCAACAUCUUCUCCGACGCGGGUCCAAACAUCCGGUGGGUCGGAAAUGAGAAAGGAUUCGCCGGAAAAACAUGCUGGUCCACCAUUAAUCGCUCCUCACUAUCAAUAGGAAAUGCAAGCAUUGAAGAUUAUCUGAGUACCGGUGAUCCGAAGGGGACCGAUUGGCUGCCGGCAGAGUGCGACGUUUCGAUCCAAGCCGGGUGGUUCUGGCACAAAUCAGAAUCACCAAAAAAACUAAGUAAACUUCUCGAAAUCUACUACAAGUCGGUUGGACGAAAUUGCUUGUUACUACUCAAUGUUCCGCCUAACACCACCGGGCUCAUAUCCAGCGACGAUGUGCAAAGAUUAAGAGAGUUUACAACUGCUAUAGACACCAUAUUUGGUACCAAUUUGGCUGAGAAAUGGUAUGUAAAAGCUAGCAGCCAGAGGGGAGGCAAAGGAGGAGGUUUUGGACCUGAAAAUGUGCUAGACAGCGACCAUUUAUGGACAUAUUGGGCUCCAAGGGAUGAUCAAGAUGAAGAUGAUUACUGGAUUGAAUUCAAAGGAACAGAUGAUGGGGUGAGAUUCAAUGUGGUCAGGAUCCAAGAAGCGAUUGGGCUCGGCCAGAGGAUCAAACGGCACGAAAUCUACGUGGACGGGGAUCGGGUCGCGAGUGGGACCACUGUAGGUUACAAGAAGCUUCACAGGCUUAAAAUGGGAGUUGUGCAUGGGCACAGUGUGAGAAUCAGAAUCACUGAAUCACGGGGGGUGCCUUUGGUAUCUUCUGUGGGUCUCCACUUUGAUCCCUUUUGGCACCCAAGAGGUCAGUGACCCUUCAAAAUUGGUCCCUUCCCCAACUUUUGCCUUUUGGCUUCUGGAUUUUUCCUAAUGGACAUGUCCUAGUGUUUUGGCUCUAUUGCCUAAUUUAUGAGCUAAAGUCGUAAAGCACCACCACCACCAGGCACCAGACACAAAAGUUAAAUCACAUUUUUCAUAGUAAAUUGAUUUUGACACUCCGGUUUCAGCCACUGGAACUCCACUUUAUAUGUUGAUCAUGUUAAAAAACAAAACUAAAAGUGAAGUGCCAAAAUCACAUCCCUUUUUCCAUAUGAAUUACCCUGUAGUUGAGGAUUGUUCUAGAGGGUUUCGGAUUUCGGGUCGUUGUAGCCCUUUAGGCAUUUUCUGAUGAUCAAAAAGAAAAAUAAAAAACAAACUUGUGUUUAAAUCUUCAA